UGAACAAAAAUCAGUUUUUUUCUUUCUCCUGGGAUAAAAAAGUGGGGAAAGUGAAGUUAAGCGGAUUGCAAACAGUGAGUGCUUCCUGCUGAAUUUGGGUCAUGAAACCACAUGGGAAGCUCGCUCGUUCUGAGGAACCUAUUUGGUACUCCAUUUUAUUUAUUUGAGUCUACCCUUCCAUAGGCAGCCUCAGGGCAUGAUAUGCUGUCUCUUCUACCUCAGCUCUUUGCCUUACAAAAACCCAGUAGGCUUGAGUGAGAGACAGUGACUAGCCCAGAGACACAUGAUAAGCCUCAUGGCUACACAGGUAUAGCAUAAUUUCAUCAAUUCAUCAGUUUGGAAUAACUGCACCCACUCCUUAACUGAUCCAGCUUAUUCAACCAAAGCAGCUGGUUGGUUAGAUUCCAGCUUUCUUAAAAGGAUGUAGGCACAGCAUCUUUUCAUGGAUUGAACUAUCUGGUUCUCUACUUUCAAGCACAGUGCAUGUGUAUGAGCUAGGAGCUCAUCUUGUUACAUGUGAACCAAACCAUAGUGAAUUUAGCAUGUUGUUCCAUUACACCUGAAGAGAAUCAGUAUAUAUCAGGUCACUUUCCAGUGAUUUCCUUUGCCUCAACACCUUUGAGAGUAUUAUGUAGAAAUUUGUGAUGCUUUGUUUACCUAUGAAGAUUGUAUGUUCAAAACCAUACAUAGUCCAUAUGGAACCUUCUAAUUUAUUUAAACUGCACACUUUAUUUUACAGACCGAGGGACUGGAAUGAUCCCAUUGCAAGCAAGACCAACUAAACAAACAACAAACCUUCUAUCUGUAAUUUGUUUAACCUUGCUGUGCAAACCAGAAACUUUGACUUAUCUCUUCCCUGACGAGCAGAGCCCUAAGUCAUAAUUUAUUCUCAGAAUUCUCAGUUCACAUAUCACGGUCUUCUCUGGCUGGUGAAGUGGAAAGAACAUUCAGGUGAUGGAGGGGGAGCAACAGCAAGAGGCUGCUUCAGAACCUGCACCUUUGCCUGAUGCCCGAAGAGAUGGGCCAAAAGAUGCUUCCGUCAUCGCACCAAAUAUUUCUGAUGCUGAUGCUUUAAAAAUUCUUCUGGAAAUGAAGAUGAAGAAACGACAGAAGAAGCCAAGCCUGCCAAGCACUGUGACAGAACUGGCCACUGAAGAGGGCUCCAAAGUUUAUGUUGUUGGAACUGCCCACUUCAGCGAUAGCAGUAAAAGAGAUGUAGUGAAGACAAUACAAGAAGUACAGCCUGACGUAGUUGUGGUUGAGCUAUGCCAGUAUAGAGUUUCCAUGUUAAAAAUGGAUGAAAGGACAUUACUAAAGGAAGCCAAAGAAAUCAAUCUGGAGAAACUUCAGCAAGCUAUAAAGCAGAAUGGAGUCAUGUCUGGACUGAUGCAAAUGCUACUGCUGAAGGUCUCUGCUCAUAUCACAGAACAGCUGGGAAUGGCUCCUGGAGGGGAGUUUAGGGAGGCUUUCAAGGAGGCUAGUAAAGUGCCAUUCUGCAAAUUUCAUCUUGGAGACAGACCAAUCCCAGUCACAUUUAAGAGAGCCAUUGCUGCACUUUCUUUCUGGCAAAAGGUGAAGCUUGCUUGGGACCUCUGCUUCCUUUCUGACCCUAUCAGUAAAGAUGAUGUGGAGAAAUAUAAACAAAAAGAUUUGUUGGAGCAAAUGAUGGCAGAAAUGAUUGGAGAGUUUCCUGACCUUCACCGAACAAUCAUCUCUGAGCGAGAUAUUUACUUGACGUACAUGCUGAAGCAAGCUGCAAAGCAUACAGAACUACCUUCUACUUCUGAAUCUGAACCCAGAAGAUGUGUCCCUUCUGUUGUAGUUGGGGUAGUUGGAAUGGGUCAUGUGCCUGGAAUUGAAAAGAACUGGAACACCGACUUGAACAUCCAGGAAAUAAUGAGUGUGCCUCCUCCAUCAAUGUCCAGUAAAAUCCUCAGACAUGUUUUCAAGGCCACAGUACUUGGACUAGUGGGCUACGGCUGCUACAAGAUGGGACAAAGGACAGUGCGAUUUAUUCUCUCUCUGCCUGUUGCACAGAACUAUCUUCAGAAACUAGCAGAUAUAAAAUCGCAGCAUUGAAUUGGAAGCUUCCACAAUUAGUUGGAGCAAUAAUGUAACAUACCUGAAACUGGAUUAGGAAAAUGACGGAGAAUUUCUGUUCCACAGUCUCAUCUGAUACUGAGUUACGGCCUAACCAAUGGAGUGAUAGUAAAUGCUAUACCAGCUGUGACCCAAAAGAAUAAACAUUCUUCUACCAACCUGAUUCAAUGUGUGGCAUAGAAGUAUAUGCCAGUGUAAGGUACAUAAAAUAUGUACACAUAUCUAUCAUACUAUUAUGUGUAUAUGACAUAUUUAUAAAGAUGAUAUCAUAGACAAGAGUCAUAUUCAUGGACACAAUCCACUGGAAACUUCCAGCAUGUAAGCGUUGUUGAGAUGAAUGAGGCCUGUUCAAGAAUGCAGUUCAUCAUUUAAACUGGAAAAUAUGCUGGUGAAUUGUGUCUUUGAGCUCUUUCCAGAGAAACAGAGCAACCAGACAUGAUCUCUGUUCCGAAGCAGAAAGCACAGUGGCCCAUUAGGUAUGUGAGUUUUCGGUAUAAGUAAUACCAAGUUAUCCUUCCUGGUGCCAAGCACCUAUAAAACUACUUAGAAGGACCUCUUCUUACUGGAAGACUUUUAUACAUAGUGGCUUUAAAAACAAACUGCAGCAGCUUUUGAAAUAUCGGAAACAUGCUGGCUAUUGUUGAUGAACCUCUUAUCUUUUACAAGCCUUACUGAAUAAAGAAAUAAAGAAGUUGCCUUCUUUACACUGUACACAAUGGGGAUGAUCCAACCAAAGUUAAGUACUUUAAAAUCUCAUUUACUUCGAUGGAAGAGCGCUUAACUUUGGCUGAAUCGUUCUUUUUUCUUUCUUUUCCUCUUUUUAAGGCCAUCCAGCUGUCCCCCAGUGCUGGCAUUAACAACAUUGUGCGAGGGUAAAUCAGUGUUAGUGCCACAUCACUAGCAUUUGCUAAGGCAAUGGGGAAAAUGGCAAUGUGUUAGUAGAUUUCAGUGGUGCAUGGCUUUCUUGCAUUGGCUAAACAAGCACUACAUUGUGCAAGUUUUGCUUUAUGCUAGCACAUCACCCUUAGCACUAGUUUGGGGCAGAGUUGGAUACGAUCCAGUUAUUUGUUUUAUUUUUUCUUUGAAUAAAAGUUCAGCAGCAGUAUGUCUGUCUUUUUUCAGUUACAGUUAGGCAACUAAUGUUUACAUAGGAUCCAGUUCCUCUGGCUUAGAUUAAUUUUAUUCAUAUUAGUGAACCAAAUCAUGAUGGCACGAAUUUGAGAACUGCAAAACAAUUGAGGAAAUAUUCCUUAUAGAGUUUACGUUCUUCCACUCUGGGAGAAAAAUACAUCUGAAACCUGAUAAAUGCAUAGUAUUUACCAUUCAUUUCUUGGAUGCCAUAUAGGCAAGCUAUCACAAGUGCACUCGAAUGUAAUAAAAUCCUGAUUUUAAAGAGAA